CCUCCUUUCAGUAGGACUACAUACAUUGUACAAUCAACAGAACCUCUACGAGAGCGACCAUAGAUUCCCCCCACUUUUCGAAGCCAUACGUCAGAAACAGGAGACAUGCAACCUGUUAGCCUUUGUAUCCCCAAUCGUUGAUAUUGACCUGGGAAAACAUUCGAUAAGUACAUUCAAAAGACUCAGAGCUGAGAAACGCAAUACCUACCGGAAAAUGACUUUGUUCCCUGGUGUUGCGGUAGUCACUGGUGCUGCCGGGUCAGGCAUCGGUGCUGCAACGGCCACAGCGUUUGCUGAAGCUGGCUGCAAAAGGAUCGCGAUCACGGAUUGGAACGCAGAGCUGCUAAGCAAGACACAUAGUUCUAUCACCGAAAGAUGGCCCGAAGUGGAAAUCUACUCCGAGGCUGGUGACAUCUCAGAAGAGGAUUUUGUGAGCCGUUUCAUGGCCAAUGUCGUGGGAAAAUUCGGUCGAGUCGAUUACGCUGUCAACUGUGCUGGUGUCCUUGGACAGUCCCAGAGGUCUCACGAGAUGGAGACAACUGAAUUUGAUCGGGUCAACAAAAUCAACUACCGUGGAUGCUGGCUCUCUUCCCGCGCCGAAUUGAUGCAGAUGCUCAAGCAGGACCCAACCUCUGAUGAUUCUGGCAGAGCACCUCAGCGUGGUGCCGUUGUCAACAUAGCCAGCCAGCUUGGUAUCGUUGGCCGACCGACUGCCCCUCACUACUGCGCGUCCAAAGCAGCCGUGAUAUCAAUGACUCAGUGCGACGCAAUCGAUUACUCACGGGACAACAUUAGAGUGAAUUGUAUAUGUCCGGGUGUUAUCGAGACGCCCAUGACGACUUCGGAUCAAUUCACACGCGAUCGACUAGCCCCGGCCAUCAAUAUUGCUCCAAUGGGACGGAUGGGCAAACCUCAAGAGAUUGCGGACUCCGCCUUGUUUCUGUGUUCGAACCGGGCCAGUUUCAUCCAAGGACAUGCUCUGGUCGUGGAUGGCGGUUAUAUAAUUAACUGAGAAGCAGUCACGUCCAGAUAACUUAUAACCUCGUUCCAAAUGACCAAACCCCUGAGCCUCUUUCCAACUUGUGACACUAUCUGACCGCUGUAGGUCCUUAUCCCAAACUGAUGUUGGUUCUUAUUGGGAUUAAGGAGUUCUUCGCACACAACAUUAUAGUGUUGGUCCUUGGUUUGGAGAAGAGCGUCAGGAAGCAUACUCUCCUACCACCUACGACUCAAGGCACCGGCCAUUGCAACUUGCCGGAUCUUGAGCUUAUUCUGUCGAGGUUCCCCUUCCCAGAAGGUGCCACGUUUUCUG